UAUUAUUCAACUCUUUUAACAAGUUGCGUGAAUCAGUACUUAGAUCCAAAGCUAAUCGAUUUGUGAUAAUUUGUUUAUCGUUGAAAAGGUGAAAGGUCAUCGGGUACACUUUUUUAACUUUACUACUCCACAAUGCAUUCUAAUUUGUGCGUAAUUCUGUUAUCUGUGUGUGCUGGCCUACUGGCAUGCAUUAACGGAUUGCCCAUGCCUGUGCGUCAGCAGAAGCCGUCAACAUUACAACAGGAGGCCGACGCUGUUCCCAGUGAUACCGGCAAUUUAGGAGUUAUAAACGAAGUGCAGAAAAAUCAAGUUUCUAGCGGUUUUCCAGCUGAUUUUGAUCCAAAAGACCUUCGACCUUCACACCGACAAGCCCGCAGUACAGGUUACAUGUACAACAACAACGGAGCCCAAACCGCUCUAUUGAUGCAAAUGUUGACCAGUCAAAACAAUGCCAAGAACUGCAACUCUACCGGAAAUGGAAGUUCCGAUUUUAACCAGAUGUUGCCUCUUCUGCUUUCCGUUAUGCAGAACCCUGUUCCAGCUGGAGGAUUCAGUUGAUCAGACGAAAUCUUUUGGAGAUAUUACACGAAAGACAAACUGAUAGUUCAUAAUAAAUUUUUAUGCUUGACUCAGGAUCACAUCUGUGUAUUUACUUAUUUUUUGUAGGGAUAAUAUAUUGUCUAAUAAUUCUAAAUUACCAGAUUUUGUACGAAAUUAUGUUCAAACCGAUACACUGGGGAUUACUUUGGACUGACAUAAUCCACCUGCAUGACAGACAAGAUUAAAUUCGUUAGAAAUA